AUGGAGAAUUUCGUGAAGAUAGAAAAAAUCGGUGAAGGUACCUAUGGAGUAGUGUACAAGGGAAAACAUAAGAAAACUGGAGAAAUUGUUGCUAUGAAAAAGAUCCGUUUGGAAAGUGAUGAUGAGGGAAUGCCAUCAACAGCAAUUCGUGAAAUCUCUUUGCUCAAAGAAUUACCACAUCCCAACAUUGUUAGAUUGAUGGAUGUGCUAAUGGAAGAAACUAGAUUAUAUCUUAUUUUUGAGUAUCUUACCAUGGAUUUAAAGAAGUUUAUGGAUAGUUUGGGUAGUGGGAAGUUGAUGGAACCAAAAAUGGUCAAAUCUUAUUUAUACCAGAUUACACGUGCUAUUCUCUUCUGUCAUAAACGUAGAAUAUUACAUCGUGAUUUAAAGCCCCAGAAUUUAUUGAUUGACAAAUCAGGGGUGAUUAAGGUAGCUGAUUUUGGCCUUGGUAGAGCAUUUGGAAUACCAGUCAGAAUAUACACACAUGAAGUGGUUACUUUAUGGUACAGGGCUCCAGAAAUUCUUCUUGGUGCUAACAGAUACUCAUGUGCUAUUGAUAUCUGGAGCGUAGGUUGUAUAUUUGCUGAAAUGGCAACCAAAAAACCACUAUUUCAAGGAGAUAGUGAAAUUGAUCAAUUAUUUAGAAUAUUUCGGAUACUAAGAACACCUACUGAAGAGAUAUGGCCUGGUGUGACACAAUUGUCAGAUUAUAAAGCCACAUUUCCAAAUUGGAUAAGUAAUAAUUUGGAGUCACAAGUGAAAACGUUAGACGCGGAUGGACUCGACCUUCUGCAAUCAAUGCUUAUCUAUGAUCCUGUUCAUAGAAUAUCGGCACGAGCUGCCUUAAAACAUCCGUACUUCAAUGAUUUGGAUUUAUCAAAAUUGCCAUCAGCAUAA